CUAUUUAUAGUGCCCCGCGUCUAUUUAGCAGUUUGCUCUCAGUGCAGAAAUGUCCGGAGACGCGGAACGAGCAGAGUCCCACGCUCAUGCAAAAUAAACUAUACUAGUUCACUGACAAGUUUUCGUUUUUAUAUCAAACGCGGGUGAUCUUGCCACAAAGUUGUUAGAUGCAUCAGAUAAACGUCAAACACGCGAAUUAUGCAAUCCUUGCAACAUCACCUCACUUCGUUGCCUUUCGUUACAGUGAGUUCAGUUAAUAUUACGGCGCACAUGUAACUAACGUGUGUCAGUUAUUAAAUCGGUUAUUACAUAAAUUAUGAUAAAAUUCAGAAAAAGCGUGAUUGUGUAUGUGGGAAAACAAAAUUGACAUUGGUGCUAUUUUAAAGUGAAUGCCAAAGAAUGGCUGGAAACAUGCCAAACUGUGCCGUUGAGUGUAAACAAUCAGUUCAAUAUUAAGUAAUGUAAUUUUUACAUAUUUGUCAUUUUGUUUAGGAAUCUCACAAAUGUCUGUCGUAAAUAACAAAGAAAAGUUUGCAAAAUGGCGGAAAAAGAGGACUCGAGUGAUAGUGAUGGCCCAAUAAUAGAUGAUAACGUGAUUCGUAUCCAACUAAGGAAGUCAAAUCAAAAGAAAUGGGAGCUGCGGACGCGAAAUCAUUCUCCUGGUAUAAGAUUUCCUACUAUUCAACUUUUCGAUUCUGAAGGAAAUUUGUUAGUUGAAACAAAUGAUGAAAACAUAUCAAUUAGAAGCCACGACUCUUGUGAACCUAGUCUUAAAACAAGUCAGUCUAUGAACGAGAAAGAUUACAAACACGUCAUUAACAGGAAAAUUGUUAGAAAACACAAUUCUAUUUCUGGUGAUAAAAUAUACACUCGUGUUUAUCAUAAUCCGGUUGUGAUUAACAAAAAUUGCGAAAAUACAAAGCCGAGCAUUAUAAUUAAAAAUAGUAGCAGUAUAACAAACAUUCCAAGUAAACUUACGGUAAACAACUUUACCAAUUUGCAAACAAAUAGCCUCGAAACCACGCCUUUCCAUUCGGAGGGCCCGAGCGAAGUGAGUAGCUAUAAAAGUUCCGACAAUGAAACUUGCGAGGAUUUUACCUCUAAUGAUAAAUUAUCAAACUGUAAAACAACGCUACUGGAGAAUGACAUAGAUUCCACUCAAAUUUCUCAACAAACUUCCACAAUAUCUCUAGAUGAACCAAGUGAAGCAAAUGAUGAGGUAGUGGAUGAUAAUGAAAAAUGUUUAGGACUUCAAACAUCACAAUCUCUAAACGAUGCAAGAUUAUCGGAACGUGCGAAAGCCUUUCAAUGUCAUACAUUGCCUCGAUCAAAAUCUAACGUUAUUUAUAAACUUCCUCAAAAUAAAGUUUCCUUUCUCAACACCUAUCUAAGAAGCUUACCUGCCCGACCAAUAUCUAAUCCGAAUUGGCUUACCUCACACCUACGCCAAACAACAGCUUCGCCGCAAAAUUCUCGCGACGAAACGAAGCCGAGAAUAUCGCCAGUAUUUUAUUCAGAAAAUUCCUGGCGAAAUUGUAAAAUAGAUGAGAAUUUUACAACAGACAAUGACUUCAAUAACAUCCCGACUGACGUAGCAGCUGAUUGCGAGAUGAAAAAACGCUUGAAAAUGUAUAGGCGCGGUAUAUCGGAAAUUGAGCCAUGGCAAAGAAACGAGAGUACAUUUACAAGGAAACGACGACACUCAGUGAGUGGUGCUGUGCGAAUUAAACGCACUUCAUCCUCAGAAAGUGUAGAUGAGGCCGACGUAGUACUUAACCGUUUGAAGAGGAGGAUACUUAAGAACAAGCUAAGAGAGAAACGACGGAGUGGCGGCAACAAAACUUUUAUAGAUCAGAACGCGUGCAAGACAAGCGACAGCGACACCCAAGAAGAUUGGCGCGAUGCGGGCGGCGGGGCCCUCUUGAGGUCCCGCCUCGCGAUGGGCUCAAACAUUAGCCAACAUUCCGCAAAGGGCCUCAAGGGUCGGAGAGCGCGCUCCAGCGGCGACCUCUGCAAUGGCGAGGCGAAGAGUCAGACCGAGUCGUCGGUCUGCGGGUCCGUUGUUGGAGACUCUAUGGGCUGGAAUCGGUCUUUGCCCAACCAUUUGGACGGAAACCGACAUUUAGCGGAGUACAGUCGCGUGAACAACAACUACGGCGAGUUCGGAACGUACAAUCGGUGCCACACGAAGAGCGGGCGCGGCCUGCGGUAUCGGGUGACUAAAUCUGGUUCAAACGCAGAGCCAGUAUGGAAGCUCCAAGAUCCAGGUUUUGACCAAGGUUAUGGUUCGGAGCGGUCGCCGGAAGAAGACUUCGUGCCUCCUAUCGUACCGGCGAUAUCUCUGGAGCAAUACGAGGCAGAACUACGAGCAGUCUACACUUUUAUCACUGAUGAGAACACCUUCACGGUGGUGGUGGAAAAGGAUGGUCGAGGCCUUGGGAUGUCGGUGUGCGGUGGAGGCGGGCUGGUGAGGAUACGAAGGCUGUACCCUCCGCAGCCAGCGUGGCGGACCGGCAGGCUGGCUCCUAAGGACCUGCUCCUCUCCGCCAAUGGAGUGCCUUUAGCUGGACUUAGCACUUAUGAAGCUUUGGAAGUACUUCGUACAGCGUCAGCGCGAGUGGAACUCCGUGUCUGUCGACCCCCCAGUGAUGUGCUGGAGAGCAUCACGCCGCCCGACCCCCCGACACCACCAGCGAGGACCCCGCACCCUCCGCAUCUACCCCUCGACCCGCUCAAUUGUCAUCCUUUACACGCAAGACUGUCGCAAACGACCAGCAGCGCAACAACAUCGUCAUCAGAAGGCAGAGGCAGACGUGAAGCGAGUCCCGACGACCGGAGAGCUCACGAUCUGCACUUACCCGAUCUCGACAGACCUUUGCCAGUCUACGACAUACAAUAUGGAGAUGAUGGAUCUGUGGAGUUUGACAUAGUAAUGACAAAAGUCAACGGCUCCCUCGGUUUCACACUCCGCAAGGAAGACCACAGCGCUUUAGGACACUACGUGCGAGCUCUAGUCAGGGAACCAGCUUUGAGCGACGGUAGAAUACAACCGGGGGACAGAAUUGUUGCGGUCAACGACACACCAAUGUCAAACAUGUCGCACGCGGAAGCGGUCGCGUUUUUGCGUUCGUGCGGCUCCGAGGUGCGCCUGCGACUAUACCGAGACCACGCCGCGACUCCUCUGUCACCGAUGUCGCCGAAGGAAGAAGGUCCUACAGACUCCGACGGGCCAAUCAACAAGCCCAAACCACCAUUGAGAGCGGAAGCAGUGUCAAUGCUCUGUGACCUGGCGGCGCGUCGCCUCACGCCUGAUGCUGGAGACGGCUCCAGAUCCCCGUGCCUGUCUCCGCGCAAGCAUAGGAAACUUACCAAAGACAACAACCACUACGAACAACCAAACGAUUUGCCAAGUUGCAACGUAACGCUAGAGUCACAACAUACAAAACGUAUUGAGACCUUCAAACGUUCCCAAACCAUCGAAUGCUCGUCCGAAAUGUCCGGAAGGGAGCGUUCGGGGACCAUUGAGCGUCGCUCGACCAUGGCACGGUCAGCUUCCAUCGGAUCGACGGUCAUAGAACCACGGGCCAUGGAACCACGAGCCAUAGAACCUCGGGCCAUGGAACCUCGGGCCAUAGAACCACGGGCCGUAGAGUCUUGUUACAUCGAAUGCCCAGAUUGCCCCGCCGUUGAAGAAGCGAAGCGGCCCCGGGCGGUAGUCCUUGUCAGCCCCACGGCUCCGCCUACUUGUAGAAAGCAAAAGCUAAGCCUGACAGUGCCGCCACAUGGUUACGAGCUAAAUAACUUAGACAAUGACACGCUAGAUGCCCCAAACGUGUACCAGGAGGACAUAACUCUGCAGCGGUUUAGUGAACCAGCAUUCCCCGUAGACUCGGACGAGCCAGUAUCGAUGCCCGCAGAACUGUCCAGUGAUGAACGGUUCAAACACUCAAACCCAACGUAUCUAAGCGCCGUAUUACACACUACGACCAGUGAGAGUGCAUCAGAUGGACAUAAAGACGACGGUAAUGGUUUGAAGAAAUGGAAAGGUGUAGCAUUGUCGCCAGAAAACGAGCGCAAAGUGAAACCUUUCCCGGUAGAAACCCAACCGGUGCUUGCGGACAUCGAUACUGCCCAGAAGGAGAACAUCAAACCUGAAACACCGGUAGAGGCUUCUAGCACAGAACCUACGAUAGUGACCGUGGAACUGAACCGCGGCUGGAACAGCCGGCUGGGGUUCAGUGUCCAGAGCCAUCCGGAUUCGGGCCAGAGCUACAUCUCCGCUGUGUACAGUGACAGCGUUGCUGCCAGGGACGGCAGGUUGAGGCGCGGGGACGUCAUCCUACAAGUAAAUGACGAAAACGUGACUUCAAUGAAAACCCCCGAAGUGAUAGAUUUAUUACGCAUAUUACGCGGGUCGAUAUGCAUCACGGUGCUGCGGCCGCCGAGCGUGCAAUGAAUCCAUUUACCAAAUCACUAGUGUAUAUAAUAUAUAAAACAAAUAGUUUGUUGAACCCACGUACUAAGUACUCAUUCGUAUUGUAGAAUCUCACCACUUAUAGUAUGCGAGAUAGACUGAGCGGUUGAAACUUUAGGUAAAUGAAAGUGGAUUUAAAAUGUGUGAUAAUGGAUCUGAAAAUUAACGGUAUCGAAUAUGUAACACACCAAGAAACAUGAAUUCGUUUAAAGUAAAGCCAACAAGACGAUAUAAAUUACAUAAACAUACUGGUCGCUAAUAAGUAAUUGUGAAAGCAAGCGAGUAUUAUCUCUGUCCCUAUCUGUUGUAAAUAAUGUACUGUAAAGCUGUGAAUACAGCGUCUGUAGCCAAGUUACACAGUCAGUAAUUCUCUUUCUACGAACGCUAACGCCUCGAAAACUAACAAAAUGUAUGGGAAUGAUCCGAUGGAUAGGUUAUCACGUGACGUGACCUAUCGACAAUGAAUGUCAUGCCCAUACAUUUAUUAGUUCUUAAAACGUUACUGCUUGUAGAAAGAUUGAUAUUGUGUAACUUGGCUACAGGCCCAGAAGUUAUCAAGUUUUCCAGAAGUUUUGAUAAUUUUAAAAAAAAAUAUUAUUCAGUUCUGACUGUCUUUCUCGCCUCUUUGGUCUUACUUUUGCUAAAGAUAGAAUAUUAUAAGUGUAGGUAUGCUCCACAGUACCUAUGCCAGGAAAGAAAUGAUUUGUAUAUUUAUUGGAUUAACUUAAAAAGGGACUUUAAAAAUGUUUAGCCUGAAAAAUAUAUCACAAUCAUAAUCGGCAAUUUUGAUUUCUUUUCAAAUUGUGGCCAACCUGUAAAUUAUAUGAAUUUAGCAACAUCAGGCACAAAAUGAUGAAGAAUUGAUGGCCUUUACUUUAAAGUCAUUGUCAAAAAUCUCAGUUUGUAACACUAACUAGUUUUAAGUGGUAACUUAAAAUAAAAUAUGAGGGGUCGUUCCUAACGCUGUCUUCUGCAAUUAGAGCUAUUGAUUAUCUAUGUAAAAGUUUUAAAUGUGGCCUUCAUUUUGAAAAAAUUAAAUAAUGAAAUAAAAUGGCCAAUUUUUAUUUAUUUUUACGUAUUGAUGUUAAUUUUGAUAUCUGGAAUCAAAAUUAAAGACACUAAACAUUCUGAUAUAUUAAAACUGACUUGCCCAAGCUAGUCAGAGCUUAUUGCACUUUAUAAUCCACUUGCAAAUGUUUUAAAAAAAAUCUCUCAUCUAAGUACUCUAGAAUAAUCGAAUUUUAGAUAUAGGUACUAGUACGUCAGUAUUAAACGCACAAGUGCUUAAAAUAUGACGGUAUCACGCCUUUUACCAUUAUUAAAUUACGACAUUUUAUUUAUGUAAAUAACUUUCCUAUAUUAAGAGUUAAAAUGGCUCAAUAUAAAAUUAUACAGUUACUAUUUAAAUACUAUAUUCCAUAUGUUUCAUAGUUUCAUAGCAAAAUGUAGAGAAGAACAUAAGUACUAAGCAUGGAUUCUUGUAAUUCAUGCAUCUUAUUUAGAAUUAUUGUAAUAUUUGAAUAAAAUAUGGCAAGAAAAUAAAUAUCUACCUAGCAGACAAAUAAAUGAAAUAUUUAAUAAUUAUAUUAUAUGAAAAAAUGCGUUGAAUUGUAUGUAGGUAUUUGAUAGGGACAGAAUGGUUAAACUGUUUCCAUCAGAAUAAUACAAAUAUGUGUGAACGAAUAUAAGCUGUUGAUGUUCCUACAUUUUAUUAUUACUACAUUUUUUUUAAAUUAUAAAAAAUGUAGAAUCCACAUUUUUUUUGUAACUAGGUAAUCAUCAUAUAUAAAACGUGUCCUAUGGAAUUGAUCUCUAGUAAUAUCGAGGGAAAUGAUGAAAUACUUCAUAAUAUAUAAAAUGCACUAAUUUCAUCCACAGUUAUACUCAGUUUUAUUUAGAUUUGAAACUAUCAACAUUUUCACUUUUGUAUUACAACUGUUGUUUAAUUUUAAAUUAUUAUGCUACUUUUUUGUACUUUCAACUUUUCCUGAACAACAUUCAAUAGCAAAAGAAACAAUUCUUGCAAUUUAUAUAGACUUGUUAAAAAAAACAAACUUCAUUCGACCAACCUUCUGCAACGAAAUCUAUAUAAUAUAACAAUUCCUUAAAUACAAAAACUUAAACCUAAGUAGGUACUUGUUACUACAGAAUUAAAAUUAAAAUCAACCCAAGUGCAUACCUAGUGUGUAAAAUAUUGAUUUUCUUCACUUGAAAUUUUGUAUAUAAUGUAGCAUUCCAUGUAAAUAUAAAGUAAACAAAGCAGACGCAGCUCAAUGUUAUUGCUACUAUAAAAUUGGUAUUUAAAUGUAUGGCUGUAACUUGUAUGAUAUUUAUUGAAAACAAAAUGAAAACUUGCCUUAAAAAUAUUAAAAACAAACGAAAGAAGUAAAACUUCCUUAAGAACUUCACAGAAAACUUACAAUAAGUAGGUAACAGCAGCGAAGAGUCGAUACAGGCCGAUUCCCGCCAGGUUACCUUUUAGAAAUGUUUUAGAAAUAUUGUAUGGAUGUAUGAGAAACCGGAGUUUGUAUCAAAUGGUAUGAAUUUCCUUUUCUUUGGGACGGCAUAUUUUCGUCAAGAGUUUAUCCUUCGCCACUGGUAGGUAGUUAGUAUGAAAAUAUGCUGAAUGAAACUAGUGAAACAAAUCUAAUGAAAUCUAGUGAAACAGAGCAAGAAAUGUUUUAAUUUAUUUACGAAAAAAAGGAAACCUGAUAUAUUGAAAUUUUAUAGACAUAAUUUAUUUUUGAGGAAGAAGGAUGAGGAAUAUAAGAAUUGGCUCGUUGAAUUUUGAAGUGAUUUAAAAAUUACUAUCCAUAAUAUAUUGUGCUAGUUGUAACAAUAUUAUGAAAAUUUUCUGUUAAAAUAAUAUAUAAAUCUAACUUUACGAAACCUACGCCGUAAGUAUGUUGAACCAAAAGUUUUACAAUACAGACGAAAAAAAAUCGAAUGAUUACUAACGCCCAGAAAUUAAUUUAAAGGGUGUGUUAUCUAAAAUAACUCUAUACUACCAUUUUGAUGAAAAAAAUGGAUAUUACAAUUCCAUAAUAUCAGUCAAUUCAUCAAACUUUUAUAGCCUACACUCCUUUUUUGUUCGCAAGAGAAAUGGUUUAAAAGCUUGAUUGUUCUGACGAUGGUGAAGGUACCGAUCUUACGAUAAAGCUAUAUAUAACUCUAAGUAAAUCUAUAGGUACUGAUUUAUCUAGUCAAAUCUAAAUUGUAAUUAAAUUAUAGCGGUUAGCCCUUCAAAAGAACGAUAAUUAUAAAGGGAUAAGUACAGAUUAUAUAUUAUUAUCUUAAAUAAAUUAUCGUUGUCAAGUAUUGAAAAAUCUAUCUCUAUAAUAUAAAUAAAUGCAUUCAUUUCUUAUAAUAAUAUUGUAAUGUUAUCGUAAUAAAAACAGAUUUUAUCGACAAAUCGACUCUACUAUUUUAAUAUAACUUAACUUAAGAUUAUUUUAUUAGAUAAAUUGCGUAGUUAAAUAAUGAUAAAAUAUUAUAAUAUAAUAUAGAUAAAGUAACCAGAACGAAAUGGAAACAACUGAUAUUCUAAAUAAUUGUGAUGGAUUUGUGUUAGUAGGUGUUACUUUUAUAAGUAAACUAAAAUAUUGUAUAAUUGAAAUACCUAUUGAAAUAAUCCAACUCCAGUGGGAACGCUGAUUGAGGUUGCCUCUACACUUUUUAUGAAAACAACUAUUUAUUUUAAAAGGACAGGCAAAGCUUAUUAUAGAUACAAAUCAUAGGUAUUCUCAUUGCAGUUCGUUCAGCCCAGAGUUUCUGUCAAGAUGUAGAUACCUAUAUUAGAAUUUGAGUGAUGAUUGAUUGAUAAACAAACGGACAACUGCAUGCCUACUGGGAGUUUUCAAUAUUUUCAUACUAUUACUAUCGCGUUGACGUAAACGCGAAUUUAUAUGGAAUUGAAACAGUUGUGCAGUAGAUGGCGCUGUUUUAUGUUCUUAGAAAUCCGCGUUUACGCUAACGCGAUAGUAACAGUAUCAAACUGCCACUAGGCUCUUUGUUUUGUGUUAUUUACUUUUCUCAAAAUUUUGGCUUCCUAUAAAGCAAAUGAAACAAUAAUAAUAUUUAUUAAUGUUUCUUAAAAAACAAGGAUUUUACGAGGUCACCUUCAAUGAGUAUAUCCACUGGAGUUAUUAACUGUAAUGUAACUUAGGUGCAAAUGUAUUGGAACCAGGCCUUAUAAUAUGUCGGUGUUGUGAAGCAAGCUGAUAUAAUAAACUUUAAACAAUAAAACUUGGUGUGUGCAUCGAAUCGAUAUUUUUUAUAAAAUCACAAGUUAUUAAAAAAAAAUUUAAUUGUCUAUUGUAGUAUUUAUUUUAAGUAAAUUUCAAUGAAAUCUUUUGCUGCUGAACUAUUGUCGUUGGCGUCUAUGUUCUAAUAAAUAGAUUUUUUUCAUUUUUAAAUUUUCAUGAUUGAUAUUUCGUUAUAAAAUGAUCUUAUAACACUAGGUACCUACUUAUUAAAGUUUAUUAUAUUACGAUCACGCAUACCUUUUCGCGUUAUUUAAUUUUAUAGAGUGCCUAGUGGAAGUUUUCAAUGUUUUCAUACUGUGACGUUCGCGUAAACGUAAACGCGAAUUUGUAAGGAAUUGAUACAGUUGUGCAGUAGUGCCACUAGAUGGCGCUGUUUCAAUUCCUUAGAAAUUCACGUUUACGUUAUCGCGAUCGUCGCAGUAUGAAAACAUUGAAAACUCCCACUAGGCACUCAGUUCUUAUUUAUAACAGGAUCCGAGGAGCAUUUUUAUAAUUGAUUACAAAUUAAUUUUCCAUGAGUAUCUUCAUCUUUAUGAUACGCUUUACGAAAAUUUUUGAUUCUGGUAGCUUCACUAGGUAAUGAAAAUUACCUUAUACAACUUAAUUGCCACAUUGUCCUACAAAUAACGUGGCACAUUAUGUAGUUCCUAUACUCAGAAGUUUUCAUUACCUGGCUACCCUAUUAGUUACCAGAAUCAAGAAUGUUCGUAAAUAUAAAAGUUGAGCGUAUGAUUAACAUAAAGCUAUUAAAUUGAUGGUAAUCAAUUGUGAAAAUGAUCCUCGGAUCCUGGACUAAUAGUGAUACCAUAAUACAAUAAAAUGUUACUUUCCAACAAUAAGUUAAAUCGUUCUCUACACUGUCUGCCUUUACACAAAUGUUAUAAAAAUGUGAAUUCGUAGGACUGUAAAAUAUUUUUUGGUCAAGAACAGUCUUAGAAAUUUAAAAAAUGUACAAUAUUAUUCUUUAUCUAAUAAAAGAUAAUAAUCAUCAGAUUAA